AGGGUUUGAAAUAUGAUGAAAAUCAAGAGGAAAGAUGUUCCAAGUAGAACAACGAGCAGAAACUUGCGUUCAUCCGGUAGAUUCAUUGAUGAUGAAGGUGUACUCAGUCAAGAACUUGCUGCGAAGUUGUCUCCAAGCAUUGUCUGGCUUGCCUCAUUUGUUGGUGAAGAGCCCCAUUCAGUAUGCACAGGCAUAGUUGUCCGAAAUGAUCCACUAGGUGCAUCUUUCGUGACAUCUGGAGAUUUGGUUACAUCUAGAGAAUUCGUUACAACUCAAAAUUCAGGUUCUAUCGAUAAAUUAAAGAUAAAAGUGCAUCUACCAAAUGGGAAAAUUGUGAAUGCAUCUGUGCAAGACUACAAUGUAGCUUGCAACAUGAUUGUUGUAACCACUAAGUCCUUCCCUGAUCUCCGCCCAGCAUGUCUUGAUAAACAGAUGCAAGUUGAGCAUUCCACUCUGUUAUUAGCUGCAAGUUUAUGCCCCAUGUCAGACAAAUUUUCGGUCAAAACUGGGGUACUGACUAACAGUCCGAUUGGAGUUGAGAGUCAUGGAAUCAUGUGGUCCACGUGCGAGAUCACUGAGGUUGGAAAAGGUGGACCUCUUGUGGAUUUUGAUGGGAAUAUUGUUGGGAUGAACCUCUGUACGAGAGCGGGAGCAACCCAGUUCGUGCCAAAACAGUUGAUUGUUGAAUGUAUGUGUGAUCUUGGGUUCUGGAUCUAUGUAAAUAAUGUUCCCACGCCAUUUGACUUCAGUGCAGAAGGUACUUCAAGUCUAGAUACUAUAAUUAGCUCAAGUCAAAGUGGCUCGAGUAAGGGAAGUGAGAAUGAGAACCAGGAACCUUGUGCAUUUGCUAACCAUGGGGCUAAUGGCAUAUGGUGUGACCUCAAUGAAGAACUUGCUUCAAAGCUGUCUCCGAGUAUUAUCUCCCUUGCUUCAUUUGAUGAAGAGGGAUUGCAUUCUGAAUGCACAGGCAUGGUUAUCGACAGAAAAUUGUCUUCAGCCUCUUUUCUGACGACUGGAGGUUUGUUCGAACCAUUGCAUCAAGAUCUCUGGCAUGGUUUGACGAUCAAAGUACGCCUUCCAAAUAACGAAGUGAUCCCUGGGCGGUUGCAGUAUUAUUCGGCUCCUUCCAGUUUGGCUGUUAUUAUCACCGAUUCCUUGCCGCCUUCCCUUGAUCUUCGUGUAGCUUGUCUUGGCAACGACAUGCAAGUUGAGCCGUCUGCUGAGUUAUCAGCUGUAAGUCGGUGCUUUGACUCAGGAAAAUUAAUGUCCACAAGAGCAAUCAUCGAGGCUGUUAGUGGAGGACCACUUGUUGAUUGUGAUGGAAAUAUUGUUGGCAUCAACUACUGUGAGUGGGAAGACAAUCUAUUCCUACCAAGUAAUCGUAUUUUUGAAUGCUUGGGGAGUGAUGUAAACUGGGCUGCAAGUAAACAAGAUUGCUGCCGUACAAAUAAGAUGCACAAAUCUUCCACGCCUCAUAGCGACGGUCCAGAAGAACUCACUGAUGAUGAACUUAGGCGUAUACUUCCUCCCUGGCGACCUGAUGAUGACUUGGGCCUCUCAGCUUAA